AUGGUAAAAACAGACGUCUCGGAGGGCAAUACCACCCAGCACAAUGACACCGACCACCUGGCCAUUAACAACACGUUUUGCCGACGCAUACUAACGCUCCUCGCUCUGAAAACCACGGCACGUCUGUAUCGCUACGAUGGGCCUUGCGUUGCCAUUUCUAAGGACCUCAUCGUCAAAACUGGCCCGUUUGUUCAUCUCACGGAGGGUGCUACGAUGCAGUUUAUCGCUGCCCGUACCUCGAUUCCUGUGCCUCGCAUACACUGUUCUUUUGUCCAUGGAAAUCGGGCAUACCUAGUCAUGGAUCGUAUCCACGGUGUCUGUCUCGCAAAGGCCUAUGCUACGCUCUCUGGUGACGAUCGCAAAAGAAUAUUUGCGCAAUUGCGGUCUAUCUGUGCAGAGUUGAGGACGCUACCCUCUCCUUCUGGCGCCGGCGUACGAAGCUGCGUUGGAGGGUCGUUACGCGACAGUCGUAUUCCCCGCUGCAAGCCUCGCUUUGGGCCGUUUGACACUAUCCAGGACUUUCACCUGUGGCUACGCGACGGUCUUCGUCCCGACGAGCACCCGAACCGUCAAAAUGACGACGACUGGGGGGAUAUUAAGAAGAUGGUAGCCAAACAGGACGGACCUUGGCCGGCACCUGUCUUUACGCAUGGAGAUCUGAACCCGUUCAAUAUUAUCGUGUCCGGAAGUAAGAUUGUGGGCAUUAUCGACUGGGAGUUUGCCGGGUGGUACCCCUAUUACUGGGAAUACACGGCUGCGUGGUAUGGGAAUAUGACUCGCAAAGCGUGGCAGGAGGUGCUGACAGAGUUUCUCGAUGCUUGUCCAGACGAGCUCGAAAUGGAAAUUACAAGGCAGAAGUGGUGGGGAGAAUGA